CCACAGGCAGCGGCUGCCCGCCUGCCCACCUCCCUGCACCCUUCAGAGGGAACUUCUGCAGAAGUGGGUGAAGAGCGUCACGCAGGUAGUAGGGGCAUGAAGGGCGAGUCUGCUCCGGAAUCGGGUUGUUGCCACAAGACACAGCCUCUGGGGAGGACAGGGAGCUCCCUGUCCUCCAGCCUGGACUUCCAGCUCUGCCAAGGCAACCAGGUCUUCUCAGCUUGCAGGCCACUUUCUGACACUGUGGAUGCCCAUGAAUCAUCGUGUGCCAGCUGGCUGUGCCCCUUGCCGCUGGCAUCAGCCAGCUCUGCCUUGCUGACCUGUCCCCAGGGCCUGGACAUAUACCUGUGUGCUCUGCAGCCAGCACCGCGGGGCAUGGCCCUGGAAGGUCUCAGAAACGACACCUUGAGCACAAAGCUCCAGCCGCCAGGGCUGCAUGCUGCCUCCACUGAUGGCGAGAAACCCACGGCCAAGCACCCUGCGAGCAGGGACCAGAGGGGAAGCCAGCGGGAAAGAGCUGGCGAGGGCACCCCCUGCCCAUCCUUCUCUGACCGCAGCAGCUCUUGCCCACCUACCUGGCAGGACAGAGGGCGCCGCAGCCCUUUAACUUUCUGCUCCAGUCUGUCCUGCCUGCUUCUCACUCCCAUCUCCAAAGAGCUCCCAUUCUGCCUCCACCCCUUCUGUCCUGCGUACCCAUACCCGCAUCCGCUUCUCCUGCCUCCGCCUUACCUGCUCACCUAUGGGGCCCUACCUCCUGUCCGAUGCCCCCGCCUCGGCAGGCGGCUCCCAGAUCCCUCCCUCCCCAGCAUGGCCAUGCCCAACUUGCUGGUAAGUGUCAACGAGCCUGGGCACCCCAUGGCCCAGAGGGAGACCCUGUACCCUCACCCGGGGGCCUCCCAAGCCUCUGGCCACACCCAACCUUUCCAGGCCUGGAAUCCAGGCCCUGGAGCCGCCAGGACCUACUCCUCAGGGCGAAAGAGCGCUGGUAGGGUGGCUCCCGCAAGGCGGGCCCCACUGGGCUCCCGGACAGGCACCGCGGCGCUGCCUUACCCCCUGAAGAAAGAGAAUGGCAAAACCCUGUACGAGUGCAACGUGUGCGGCAAGAACUUCGGGCAGCUCUCCAAUCUCAAGGUCCAUCUGCGUGUGCACAGCGGGGAGCGCCCGUUCCAAUGCGCCCUGUGCCAGAAGAGCUUCAUCCAGCUUGCCCACCUGCAGAAGCACCACUUGGUGCACACUGGGGAGCGGCCCCACGAGUGCCUGAUGUGCCACAAGCGCUUCAGCAGCUCCAGCAACCUCAAGACUCACCUGCGGAUGCACUCAGGGGCCCGGCCCUUCCGCUGCAGUGCGUGCCCAAGUCGCUUCACCCAGCAUGUCCACCUGAAGCUGCACCAGCGGCUGCACGCCCAACGGCCCUGCGGCCAAGCUCACACCCACCUGCCCCUGGCGUCUGUUGCCUGCCUUGCCCGAUGGCACCAGGAAGCACUAGAUCUUGUGGGGAUGCCAUCAGAGAGACAGAUGGGCUGGGAUUCGGAAAAGGUCAAGAGGUGUUUGGUGGCAUCCAGGGGCAAGUAAGGGCAGCCAGGCUGAGCCCUGGUGCAGGGACUGGCCUGAGGAGGGGGCAGGGCAGAGCAAUGAAAGGAUUUUUCUCUAUGGCAAGUUGAGGCCUCCUGAGCUUCAGCAGUGGAGCAGAAAGCCCCUGUUUAUUGGUCAGAUUUGGCAACCCUCCAGUCAGGGAACACAGCCAGGGAGAGUCUGUGAUGCCCUCUCCCGGGGUGCUGCAUGAGGCUGUCUCCUGCUCCCCAUCUGGGACCAGGCCCUCCAAUCUCAGCUUGCCAGCGGGUAGUCUGGCCUCCCAGGACUCUUCUCUGUGUAAACUACGCUGCCGAGCACUGGGUGCAUUGCUCUCCUUCCUGAACAGAUGUUCCAGCACCUGCCCAGAUGUAUGUCUGUUGCCUCCCACCAACUUCUUGUCUCACGGUUCCUAAGAAGCCACUUAGCAGGUGCUCCCUGCCGUGGUCAGGUGGGGCUGAGCUCCUCCCUCUGCACAUGCCAGGAGCUGAGCCCCCUGUGGGGUGGAGGGGCAGGAACAAGGAUGUCAAUGUCUAUUCAUGACCCAGAAACAUGACAUUCCCCUGUGUGCCAGGACCAGCCACCACAAAGGGCAAAGGGCAAAGGAGGUGCCAGCUCGGGGAAGAGGUAGAGACCCUACAAGGAGUAGAAGGAGGGAAGAGCUGGCAAAGAGAACCUGAGGAGCUAGGAGCCUCCUGGUGACCUUUCUGCAGUCCCAGAGGAUGCCCUCAGAUGGGCAAGGUCUUCUGCACCCCACACGGGAGUUAGCAACAGGUGGGGAAAAGGCUCUGCCUGAGAAGCAGAAGACCCAGGUUAUUAAUCACCAUAAUCAGUAGCUAUUAUUGGGGUGCUUGGGUGACUCAGGGGCUAAGAAUCCACCGACUCUUGAUUU